AUGUUACGACUGUUGAUCUUAACGGGUCUUAUCUUAAGCUCUUAUGCUUCGAAGACACCGAUCAUAGGUGUAUUAAGUCAGGAAACCAGCAGGUCGAGGAACGAUAUAGGGGAAUUCCAACAUAGCUAUAUUGCAGCAUCGUAUGUGAAGUUCUUAGAAAGUGCUGGAGCGCGAGUUAUACCAGUCUGGAUUGGCAAAGAUGAUGACUAUUACAAAAAUGUUGUGAACUAUACAAAUGGCGUAAAACAAAAAGUUUUGGAGAAGGCAAGAAAACUUCCUAAAGGUGUUGGCCUGUUUGUCGAUAACGAUUACACUUCAGAGGAAUACGCCAAGAGAAACCUACUUCAUCAGCACCUGAAGAAAGCCAGAGAAGCAUCUAAUUCUGCAUUUAUUAAAAACAAUAUUCUGUAUGCCAAUGGCGAAGCAUUUCUCUGGGAAAAGCUAAAGUAUGACGAUAUUGACGACCAUCAGGACGAAGGAGUCAAUAAGACAGUUAUCUCUGAGCAGAAUAAAAAUACCGAAGAACAACUGAUUCCUCAAGAUACGAAAAGAGGGGAAAAGAGACUGCAAGAUGAACCAAGCAAGGCCAACAAGAUAGUUCCAGCAGGCUCACCUAAAAGUACCCCUACUUCGUCGCACAAAGGGCCUAAACUACGCAGUAACUGUGCUUGA